AUGACCGCUCGACCCUACACAAAGCACUUCAUCCCACUCGAGUCUAACCCCGAGAUUUUCACCCAGUUCAUCCAUGCUCUAGGGGUUUCCCCAGUUCUUCGUUUCGAAGACGUCCUAGCGCUAGACGAACCGUCACUGCUUCCACAUCCAGCUCUAGCGCUGAUCCUCACCUACCCUACGCCCAUAGACUACGAAGAACGUCGAGCUGCCGAAGAAGCAGCAGCACAAAAAGAAGAGCGAAGUAGAGAUCGUCAGGAUGUAGAUGUGGUAUGGUUCAAGCAGACCAUUAACAACGCCUGUGGUUUCUACGCCAUACUUCAUGCCAUCAGCAAUGGGGAGGGUAGACACUUCAUCAGACCGAACUCCGUGCUAGCCAACCUCCUUGAAGGAUGUCAAACCCUGGCGCCAGAAGAAUGCGCAGAGAGACUUGAAGCUUCACAGGAGAUUGAGAGAAUCUAUAGCCAGGCUGCAAGAAUGGGUGAGAGUGAAAUCUCCGAGAAUCCGGAGGACGAGGUCGAUUUUCAUUUUGUGUGCUUUGUGAAGGAUGGUUCGGGGAGGGAGAUUCUGGAGCUGGAUGGGGAUAGGAUGGGGCCGGUAAGGAGAGGGCAACUGGCUGCGAGUGAUGAGGAUUUGCUGGGAGAAACUGGCAGGAGGAUUAUGAAGCAGUACUUCAAAAGCGAGGGUGACGGGGGAAACGUUGCGUUCAACUUGAUGGCAUUGAUAGCAGUGGAAAGUUGA